UUAUUCCCGGUAGUCCAUGAUACUGAAAGUAGCAGAUUUUAAUAAAAUUUAUUUAUUUUAAAUAAAUAAAUAAAAUAUUUAUAGAAAAACUUUAAAAUAUUUCACAUAAAAAUUUUUAAAAGCCUUUUUGUGCAUAUUCUAAUAAUUGUAUUUUAUUAGCAAGUAACUUGCUUAUAAAAAUUACAAAAUUGUCUGAUACCUGCUACUUUCAGUAUUAUUGAUAAUUCGUCUCUACCGAGGGUGGUCCCUGAGCACCUUCUGUUACUGCUACGAUGCUUCAUUAAUAAGAUGGUUAGCAAGCACAGCAGGCCAAGUGACGUUGCCAAUCCUCAAUACCAAUUAAUCGGUAUAAUAAUUUAGAGUUUGCCAAUUUCAAACAGGAGAUCCUGAUAUAUCUGUUGUUUGUGCUCUUCUUUGACUGUAAUGUUAUACUCUAUAGCUCGUGCUGAAAACUCAAUGACAGUGAUUUUAGUAAUCAAACAAUUUUAAGGGAAAAAAAAAAAUUAUAUGAAUCAUGAUGAACAGAAAUUGAAUUAAUUAAUCCAUAAAUAAAUUAUACAUUUAAAAUAUUAAUAUUCUUAUAUUAAAAAUGAAUUACGGAAUUGACUGGGAAACUGAGCAACGUCAAACGUUGCUUGGUACUCGAGCUACUCUCGAUAGAUCAGCUCAGUCAGUAGCACGUUCUCAAACAGUUGCCGCUGAAACAGAACAAAUUGGUCAAGAAGUUGUUGCUGAACUAGGUAUACAAAGAGAAACGUUGUUACGUACAAAAAGAAGAUUAUCUGAAACAGAUCAGGAAUUAGCAACCUCCAGAAAAAUAAUGCGAUUAAUUGGCCGAAGAGUUUUGACAAAUAAAAUUGUAUUAAUAUUAAUAAUUAUUUUAGAGAUUGCAAUACUCGGUAUCGUUAUCUACCUUAAAUUUUUUAAAACAAAAUAAUUUAUAUUUAUAACAAUGCAUUUAAUUUUUAAGUAUAAGCUUAAUUUAUAAAUUAAAUAAUUAACAUUUAAAUAAUAUUCAGAGAUUAAUUAAAUAAACAAAAUUUAUUA